UAACCAAUAAAGUUUCGAAAAUAUAGCAGUUAUUUUGAGUAUUAAAACGCAUAAUGGUUUGCGCAAAGCGUUAUAAAUAUUACCGUAAGUUGUCGAUUAAUAUGCUAUGUCAUGAUGAUGAAUUGCCCUCGACAAAGAUUUCUGGAAAAGGAGCUGAAUAUUUCAUCAUGCACAGCAGUUGAUUGGGUGAACUUUUGCCAAGAGCUCAUGAAUAAAUGGUUGAUGUGCAAACAAAAUCCAAUUGGUGGAAAUGGAAUCAUCGUCGAAAUUGAUGAAGCUAAAUUCGGACGUCGAAAAUACCAUCGUGGACGGUUGAUCACAGGACAAUGGCUCUUUGGUGGUAUACAACGGGGUACGAAAAAUACGUUUAUCGUGCCAGUUGUAUCUCGUAGUGCAGAAGUGCUACUACCCUUAAUCGAAACAUACAUUGCUCAUAUAAGCAAACAUAUAAGCUUCCAACAGCGAUUGUUGGAAAGCUUAUAA